GAGCGCUGGAGGGGCUAAGAAAGAGAUGAGCCUCACAGGGAAGGGCGAGGAUUUCCUUUUGCAAUCCAUCCGCAGCCCACUUUCGUACUAGUUAAUCUAUACAUCAGGUUUGCUGUUUACUACUUCAAUAACCUGAUGUCCAUUGGCAAAUAAUUUUAUACUUGUUGUAUUUAAAAAAAAUGUUUGAAUGUUCUAAUAAAAUUAAAAAAUAAAUAAAUUUGUAGAUUUUUGAAUUUGCGCGCCUUUAUUUGUAGAUUUGUAGGUUAGGAACGCUCGCCGAAUGCGCAUCCGCGCUGUCAAAAUAACCGCAAUAUGCCUGCAAUAUGACGGCGUGCACGCCGGCAUUUUGCGCGGCGUACAGCGCCGCGAUCCGCGCGCUCGGCAAUUUGACCGCAACUUGACGUCAAAAAGCCGGGGUAGUUUGCCCGCUCGUGCGCGGCGUGCGCGACGUCAUGUUGCCUUCAAAUUGCUUGCAUUUUGCCUUGCGAUGUUUUCUGGGUGGACGUUACGUGUGGCCCAUUCCGUGCAGUCUCAGUGCCGUCAUACGGCCGACAUCAUGUUAUCGGGGCGCAGCGACUGCAUAGCGUGCCGUCGCUGUGUCGUCCUGGCGUUGUUGUUCGCGGAAGGGUCGAAAAUUUUUCGGAGCACGAGAUGCUGUCUCUGUGCUAUCGUGUGUGCCGUUGUUAUGCCGUUGUUGUGCUAGUGAUGCCGGUGGUUCUCCGAAUUAUGUGCGACCGGAUUUUGCCUCUUUUCCGGAGAAUUCUUGAAACUGAGCUGUGUCGAUCGAGUUGCUGUUCAUUCGAGCUGAGGAUAUUUGAUCAUCUUGCAUCCGCUGACGAAGCUUCCCAGAGGUUUUUUCAGAGCAGAUUUGGACCAGGAUCAUCCGCAAGAACAGCAAAAAUGUCAAAGGAGCAGUUUAAAGAAGCUGGUGUAAUUCCUGCCAAUGUGGCUAAUGCACGGAUGAUGCAGAAGAUGAUGUCGAUCCAGAAUGCAGCUAAUACACUGCACCACUCCGAGGCCUCCAAGAACGUCUACAGGUCGAUGAGUGCACUCACUUCAUCAUCAGCAGUUGCCACGAAGCAGACAUUUACACAACAAUCAAACAUCCAAGCAACAUUCACACCUAAAAGGCCCAGCAAGAUCAUUCAAACAAAUAAUAUUGGGAAAUCACACACCAAACCAGGUAUUCUAAGAAAUUCACUAACACAAAAACCACUCACACAACAACAACCACUCACACAACAACAACCACUCACACAACAACAAACACUCACACAACAACCACUCAGACAACAACAAUCACUCACACAACGAAAACCACUCGCACAACAACAACCACUCACACAACAACAACCACGCAACCAACAAAAACCACUUGCCCAACCCACAAAUCAAUCAUGCUCAAUGCAAGUCAAACAAAAUGAAACAUUUACACCAAAAUUCCCACGAACAAAACCACACAUACAAGAAAAAACACUCACACCAGAACAACUACUCACACCAGAACUCCCACGAACACAACCACACACACCAGAAAAAACAAUCACACCUGGUCAACACCCAUAACCAGGAGCAACUUUGACUCAAUCAGGAUCUCAAUCCCCUUCUGAUCUUGCUGUUGUGAAAGACAUUUUGAAAAACCAUGGGGAAAUCUUAAAAAGAGUGGACGAAAGGACUGCAGAAUGCUACAGAAUGCUAAAGCAGCUGAUCUAUAAGAAGAAACUGACGAUAAAGGAUCUUCCGAAGUGUUUGCCAUUCAAGAACACUCAAGAUCUACUAGAUUUCAAUAACGUCUCUGAAGAUGAAUAUCAAGAAGUUGUCUUUUAUCUGCAACACAUUGGAGGUGCUAACCAUGAUGAUGCUGCUGCACUUUAUUUUAAGAAAAGCUUCAAAAUUGAGGAUGAUGACCUGCCCAAAAAUGUAACUUGGCUUGGUUCAAAAACCAAGACACUGACGGCUCUCAAGGACACGCGGUUUGCUACAGCUUGUGGAAGCGCAAUGUCGGACAGUAAAAAUUUCGAUAAGCCUACUAACUCAAACUUCGCCACAGCCAUGACUAAGGCUUUGAAGUCGCUGAAAGAAGAUUAUCGCCGAAGAAAGGCUAAGCGCGCUCGCACCGAUAAUUUGCAAGUCGACAACAUCCAGCAGCCACAAAAUAAGAGGGCAAGAGUCGUCCCAAAUCAUGAAAAUAUAUAUGAGCAUCUUCUUGACUCUGAUGUAGAAACCGAGCUGCCCAAAGAGCAGGAUCUAGUCGAUGAAGAUUCUGUAGAACCAUCUGCUUUUGAGGAUCCUGAAGAACCUACAGAGGCAGAUGAUAAUGAAGAAUCUGGAGAACCAUUAGAACCAUUUGAUGGUGAAGAAUUUGAAGAAGCUACAGAAGAGCUUGGAGUCCAAGAACAAUUGGAAAAUGGACCCAACGCGUACAAUGUAACAGUUUUACGAGUUCUGGCCGCACCGGAUUUGCAGUCUACAAUCUACGGGGAAGCUAACGAGUAUGAUGAGGCAAUUGUUCCCGAGCAGGCAAAUAAAGAAAAUCUGUUUGAGGACAGCGACACUAUCGUCGUCGAGGGACUCACAAUUGACGAGUUUGAAAAUACGCAGCUCAUAUAUCAAGGAUAUGAAGAAAAUAGAGGAGUAUAUGGCAUCGAAGAAAAUUGAUACGUAAGCUAGGAGCCAUUCAGCAGUCUUCAUUCUGAUGCACAUAUGCCUAUUCCGAUGGACAUCUCUGCGGAUAUAUCUGAUCUCAUACGUGGUGCUAAGUCACUUAUUUAUUGAUUAUUAUAGAUGCUUUGUAAAGCUUUACGUUUAUUUUUGAAAUAAAUACAUUUUCAAAAUGUAA